AAAAAAAAAGUUGGGCUAUCUCUUCAAACCGUCCCGGGUUCCAGCGGGGAGCUGUCGUCACCAGCGCCCCUGAUUUCCCCCCUCGGCUCCUAAAUGGACGGGGCAGUCGCGCUUUAUGCAGCUCAGCGCGGGCCAAAAGAUUGGGAGCAACUUGUGAAUGCGUCCGCGCGCUCAUAAGUGCCCGGCUGCGUCGGCGGAGCUCGAGCCUGAGGACUUUUCCGCUGCUUCCCGUGCGCUUUCGCGGGGGGAACGGCCGCGCUCCGAGGUGACGGCGUGAAGGGAAAACUCGGCGCACAAAGUGGCAGCUCUCACGCCACAGUCCUCACUAUGGAUUGUGUGUAUUUGUUCAUGUGCUUUUCACUCACUCAAGUAUUUUUGGAGCCUAUUUCCGCAGCUGAGGCACAUGAAAAACUCUCGGGCAAGUUAAGUGAAUAUGGUCUUAUCGUGCCAUUCAGCACAGACUCCCGUGGCCGGUACAUCUCCCACGUGGUCUCCGCUGGAAGUGGAAGCGAAGGUGCCGCUGAUGCCUCGGCGUUCGGCAGCAGGAGGAGGGUGGCCCGCGGUGCCCCCCACGCGCCCCCCGUCGCCCCCCCCUCGGCUCAGCACUUGUUUUUCAACGUCACCGUGUUCGGGAGGGAGCUGCACCUCCGCCUCAGGGCCAACAGGAAGCUGGUGGCCCCCGGGGCCCUGGUGGAAUGGCAGGAGGACUUCGAGGAGAAGGCCAGGGAACACAUCCACCGGGACUGCGUGUUCACCGGGGACGUGAGCGACAUGCCCGAGGCCUCGGUGGCGAUCAGCAAUUGUGACGGGCUGGCAGGUCUGAUCCGCACCGACACCGGGGAGUUCUUCAUCGAGCCUCUGGAGAAGGGCCAGCAGGACGUGGAAGUGAAGGGGCGUGUGCACGUGGUGUACCGCAGGUCGGCCAUCAGGCGGGAGACGGGCCAGCGGAGGGAGGACCUCCACAACGAAGUGGCAGACUUCGGCAUCGCCGACCUCCCCGCGUCCCUGGACCUCGUCGGACGCAGACUGUCCGACUCCGAGCGCAAGCGGAGGCACGCCAGGAAAGACGACUACAACAUCGAGGUGCUGCUGGCCGUGGACGACUCGGUGGUGCGCUUCCACGGCAAGGAGCACGUGCAGAAUUACGUUCUCACGCUCAUGAACAUAGUCGAUGAAAUCUACCACGACGAAUCUCUGGGAGCGAACAUCAACGUAGUCCUGGUGCGCAUGCUGAUGGUCGGGUAUCGACAGUCCAUCAGCCUGAUCGAGCGUGGCAACCCAUCCCGCAGCCUGGAGCAGGUGUGCCGGUGGGCCAACACGCAGCAGCGGCGCGACCCCGACCACGCCGAGUACCACGACCACGCCAUCUUCCUCACAAGGCAAGACUUUGGUCCCGCAGGUAUGCAAGGUUACGCUCCGGUGACAGGGAUGUGCCACCCGCUGAGGAGCUGCACUCUGAACCACGAGGACGGCUUCUCCUCCGCCUUCGUGGUCGCCCAUGAAACCGGCCAUGUGUUGGGAAUGGAGCACGACGGCCAGGGUAAUCGAUGUGCUGAUGAGACGAGCAUGGGCAGCAUCAUGGCGCCGCUUGUCCAGGCAGCUUUCCAUCGCUACCACUGGUCCCGCUGCAGCAAACAGGAGCUCAAUCGAUACAUCCACUCGUACGAUUGCCUGCUGGAUGAUCCCUUUGAACACAAGUGGCCCAAGCUUCCUGAGCUGCCGGGAAUCAAUUAUUCAAUGGACGAGCAGUGUCGCUUUGAUUUUGGCGUUGGUUAUAAAAUGUGCACUGCCUUUCGGACGUACGACCCCUGCAAGCAGCUGUGGUGCAGCCAUCCUGACAACCAGUACUUCUGCAAAACCAAGAAAGGUCCCCCGGUGGACGGAACGGAGUGUGCACCCGGAAAGUGGUGCUUCAAGGGCCACUGCAUCUGGAGGUCCAGCCAGCAGCCUCAGGGCCACGACGGGAGCUGGGGCUCCUGGUCCAAGUUCGGCUCCUGCUCCAGAACCUGCGGCGGCGGGGUCCGCUCGCGCAGCAGACAGUGCAACAACCCUCCACCUGCCUACGGCGGCCGCGAUUGCCCCGGCUCCGCCUUCGACUACCAGAUGUGCAGCACGGAGGAGUGCGCCGGCCCGUACGAGGACUUCCGCGCCCAGCAGUGCGUCCAGAGGAGCAACAAAUACCACAACAACGUCAAGCACAGCUGGCUGCCGUACGAGCACCCGGACGAGGCCCGUAAGUGUGAGCUGAGCUGCAAGUCGAAGGAGACCGGGGAGGUGGUGUUCAUGAACCAGGUGAUGCACGACGGGACCCGCUGCAGCUAUUCAGACCCGUUUUCUGUGUGCGCCCGGGGAGAGUGUCUGAGCGUCGGCUGCGACAAGGAGGUGGGUUCCUACAAGCAGGAGGACAAAUGCGGCGUGUGCGAAGGGGACAACUCGCACUGUCGCACCGUGAAGCUGACGCUCACCAAGACGCCCAAAAAGACCGGAAUGCUGAAAAUGUUCGACAUCCCAGUCGGAGCCCGCCACAUUGUUAUUGAGGAGAACGAGACCUCCCCUCAUAUAAUUGCUGUGAAGAACCAAGUGACCGGAAACCUCAUCCUGAACGGCGAGAGCGAGGGAGGCCAGUCGGGGUCGAAGGCGUUCAUCGACAGCGGCCUGCAGUGGGAGUACUCGCUGGACGGAGAGAAGGAGACGCUGAAAACGCCCGGCCCUCUGCACGAAGGCAUCGUCGUGUUUGUCAACCCCCGAGCAGAAGACGCCAAAGUCAGCUUGACAUACAAGUAUAUAAUACACGAGGACCUGUUACCGCUCAUUACCAACAACAACGUGCUUCUGGCUGAGCUGGACACUUAUGAGUGGGCACUGAAGAGCUGGUCUCAGUGCUCCAAACCCUGUGGGGGAGGCAUACAGUACACCAAAUACGGGUGCCGGAGGAAGAGCGACAGCCGCUUGGUGCAUCGGAACUUUUGCGAAACGAGCAAGAAGCCCAAGCCCAUUCGCAAACGCUGCAACGUACAAGAGUGCAGCCAGCCGACGUGGGUGGUGGAGGAGUGGAGCCCCUGCAGCAAGACCUGCGGCAAGCUGGGCUACCAGACCAGGGUGGUGCAGUGCGUGCAGGCGCUCCCCAACGGCACCGGCGCCGGCACCAGCACCGGCGCCGGCACCGGCAGGCCCGUCCACAGCAAGCACUGCCCCGGGGACCGGCCCGAGACCAGGAAGGCGUGCAACCACACCGCGUGCCCGCCCCAGUGGAGGACGGGGGCGUGGUCCCAGUGCUCGGUGACGUGCGGCGAAGGGAUCCAGCAGAGGCAGGUGGUGUGCAAGGCCAGCGACAACACCGUCGGGGAGUGUGAGGGCGAGAGGCCGGAAACAGUCCUCAUUUGCAAACUGAGCCGAUGUCCAGGUCAGCCGGCGUCUGCUGUCGACAUCGAAACUAUUGAAAACUCCACUGUAAAGGACCAAGCUGUGCAUCAAAGUGUGCCUGAAAACCCUGUCCACAAAAUAUCUUCUAAUGAGCCAUGUCUGGGGGAUAAAUCAAUUUUCUGUCAAAUGGAGGUUCUCGCCCGUUACUGCUCCAUUCCUGGAUAUAAUAAGCUUUGCUGCGAGUCAUGUAACAAGAGGGACACCCUUGUCACUCACGCUCCCGAGCUCCCAAACGCUCCAGAGGCCUCGGCCGCACCCGAGCACGCCUUCCGUUCUCAGCUUCCUCCGACCCAGAGCCCGGCGCAAACCACUAAAGCCACCGGCCGACGGCUCCGGCCCACCGCCGCGGUGCCGACCGCAGCCGGCGCCGCUGGAACCUCAUCGCCCGCAGGUGCUGCUCGGCCCCGGGCCUCCACCGGUGCCUCGCUCCCCACAGCCGGGGAGGGAGCCCCCGACCCAGGGCCUCUUCUACCUCCAGGGCCCCCGCGGCCCACGCUGGACUCCACAGGGCACAGUCCAAACAGCACUUUAGGCCCAGUCGCUGCCAGGUCAAGAAGGGACGAUUCAAGAUCCGAGAGGGACUCAGGUCACAGAACCCUGUCGGCUCCGAAAUGAACAGUGAGCGACGUUGGUGCACAUGGCGCUCGGUGAAGCGGCCUCGCGCUCGGCAGCAUCUGAUUUUGACUCUUUGCUGCAAAUAUUUUCAUCCUUCCUCUUUUUUUUUUUUUUUUUUUAACAUUGCUUUCUUUUCCAUGCCAACUCAAACCGGAAGAGCGAUGGUUACCUCAGCAAAGCGCCCUUCGCGCAUCAAACAUGAGACAAAAACCCAAGGUGCUGCAAACGACGUGCUCCAAAAUGUGACAACUGCAUUGCUACAUUUACGUUUCUGCUCAGUUGUACAAGCCUGUUGGUUACAAGUGCAUUAGAACUACUAGUGAACUUACAUUGUGAACACGUGAGGAGGUCAAAGGUCACGAUUGGAGACACACAGGCCAAAAUGUUUGGCAUUCGCUGAUCUAGUCUAGUAUAAGAGUGUUCGGUGGUGCCCUCCAGACUCCACAGUCAUCACUCCUGACAGGGAGCGUCCACCCGCCUCUGUCCCUGGUGCUCUUUUGUGUUGUCCAAGUGAUUAUCCUCACUGAUUAAACGAAACAAAACAAAAAAAACAUGGUUGUCUGCAAACCAAGCACACGUAGCAUGCCCUGUGUCUGCCUUUGUGGAAGUCGGUCUAAAAAGAGAGAAAGUCGUUUCUGUGAUGUCUUUCGUCGUGUACAUAGUGUAAAUGUCACAUUAACAACCAGGAAUUGAAUGGAAAGCAAGUUGCAAUUGGAAAACACAGGCCGUGCUGUACUGUAAGUCCUCAGACUGUGACACCGUUCCUGCAUCGCCGUUCAUAGAGUCACGUUUAUUGUAUAGUUUGUGUAUAUACAUAUGUGAAUGAAAGCUUUAAAUGUUAAUAUUUAUUGAAUUUCUAAGUGGUUAUGGAAAACAAAGUAAAACAGGUUUGAAAGAAA